GUCUGCUGUGGCGUUCACAACUAUUCCAGCGAAGAUAUUAACGGAGACAAAUCACCCAUGUGGUAGCAGCAGCAACGCUUCUUGGUAGGUUUGUUUGCCGUAUCGCUUUGUUGCGUAAAUUGUAAAUCAUGGUCAAAGCCGGCGACUCGCGGCGAUGCAGAUCCGUGGACGUCGUGGUGAAGAAUACUAAGCAUGCCAAUAUGUCGCUCAGCCAUUCUAAAAAUUGGGCCUUGAACGGGUGGUUUCUUUCCCAAGUGUCUAUCCAGAUCUUUCAAGGUGGCCAGGAUCUGAACCAAAAGGCAUCACCUCUAUCUCCACCCGCUUCAGACGAAAUGGAUGGCAGCAUCCAGCCUGGUGCAACCACAGAAAGCAUCUCAAACGGCCACCCAAGCAUUGCUUUUGUCGCACAGAAGGCAGCUGCCAUAUUCCAGAUGGCACUUGUGUUCUCACAAGGGAGGUCUUGUGAGCAGACCACCCUGUUUUGCUUGUGGCUUUGCCAAGUGGUACUGUUUUUUUUAAUUUCAUCCUGUGAUCAGAUUAACCGGUCAAUUAAUUUUUUUCACUCCCAUCUUGUGAGCAGACCACCCGAUCAAUCUUUUCUUUUGUUUCCUCCUUGUGACCAGAUCACCCAACAAAUUAUUUUCACUCCCAUCUUGUGAGCAGACCACCCAAUCAAUGUUUUUCUUUUGUUUCAGUCUUGUGAGCAGAUCACCCAGUAAAUUUAUUUUUUUCACUCCCAUCUUGUGAGCAGACCACCCGAAAAAUGUUUUUCUUUUGUUUCCACCUUGUGAGCCGACCACCCAAUCAUUCGUUUACUUUUGGUUUCGUCUUGUGAGCUGACCACCCUGUUUUGUAAUAGUCAGUCAAGUAAUAUUUUUAUGAUCUGUAUUUCUUUACCUUUUACCUAAGAGUCUGCUUAUUAAUGAACAUUGCCAUUUUAUAACUAUUUAAAAAUGAAAUUUUCCUUGUGAUAGCAUCGUUGAUGCUCAAAGUGCCUUGGUGUAGGCAGCUAUGUAGCUGUCACAUCUAUGCUGCAUUUUUGAUGCACUUAGUGUCUCUGUGGAAUUGCUCCUCUACAUUGUUUUUUUUUUUCUCUUUAUGCUCAAUUCACAGCUUUAAAGUGCUAUGAAAUAUCCUAGCAUAACAUUCAGGCACACUUUGGUCAACAAAAGCUGGUGACCGGUGCAUUGUAAAAUAACAGUGCUUAAGUGGUAGCUAAAUGCAUUGUGUUACAUUUUUGUGCAUUUAAAAUUACGUCAGCUGGUUUUGGUGCACUGUAUGGCCACCAUGCUGUAGUCCGUCAAAAUAUGUUUUCUGCGGUUAGAGUUUUGAGCAAAUCCUACUCUGUAUGUAACAUUAGCCGAGGCUGCAACCAUACCUUGCUUGCAUCACAACGCAACUACAGCGAGGCUAUUGUGUGGUGCGAAAAAAAUGCAUAGAUUCCAGGUGGUGCCAUGCAAAAAAUACACCAUUGAUUUACUCUUAUAUUUGGCUAUUCCCGAGAGCAUUCAGACUUUUGCAUAUAAGGCAGCUGUUUUCAGUCCUCCUUUCAUUUCUCAAGAAGCAGUAAAAUAUUUACUAAUUAGUACAUGUUAUGUCUGAUAUACAUAUUGUCGCGACCCAGCACCUCCACCAGUGUCCCGACGUCAAGACGGAGGUCGUACUUGAAGACGCUGAGAAAACAGCAGCGGGUCGGUCUUUUUAUUAACCGCGCGCGCGAGAGUUUUUCUCGUUGUGUUCUGCAUAAAAGUGUGCAGAUGCGCGUAUGUGCUGUCGCCUUCUUUUUCGCGGGACGCACGUGACAAUAUCGUGAAAUUUCUGUGCAGCUAAUUACUUGUGCCUCAGGAUAUAAAUGUAAACCUUUCCUAUAAAAGUUGAAAAGUUAUAUCUGCGUAUAAGUGAUACCCUAUAUCUGACACUGUGUUUCAGGGUGAUAAGGUUAACAACUUUCUUGAUCACACACUGUGUUUCAGGGUGAUAAGGUUAACAACUUUCUUGAUCACAGUAUCAAACAUAAUGAAGUGCUUUGCUGAAACUUUCAAGUAAUUGACGUCUCUCAUCUAUUUGUUAGGGUAAAAUUGAAAAGUUUACAAGAUCCUCUAAAAGUGUUCAUUAUAUGCCAAAUGUGCCUGCCUUAAUAUUACUUAUAGCUUUGUUGGCAGUUUAUUUGUGGGUGCACGCACCCACGUGACCACAGAACACCUACCACGACAGAGACAGUUUGGUCUGCAUGCUGCGCCCUCUCCACUGUAAUGGAACAUUUGUACUUUGUACCACCUGCAUUUUCAAGUGGUGCAGAGUGCUGGCAUCUACAGCUUUGUGGGACAAAAAUAAAGAAGUCCGAAACCAA